CCAGUUCACUUCUUUAGUAGCAGUCGCCAUGUCCGAGACGGCGCCGGCCGCCCAAGCCGCUACGGCGGCCGCCCCCGAGAAGCCUUCCGCUGGCAAGAAGGCAAGGAAGCCCGCCAAGACGGCGGCCGCCGCCAAGAAGAAGCCUGCAGGCCCCUCAGUGUCCGAGCUUAUCGUCCAGGCGGUGUCCUCCUCCAAGGAGCGCAGCGGCGUGUCCCUGGCUGCGCUCAAGAAGGCGCUGGCGGCCGCCGGCUACGACGUGGAGAAGAACAACAGCCGCAUCAAGCUGGGCCUCAAGAGCCUGGUGAGCAAGGGCACCCUGGUGCAGACCAAGGGCACCGGCGCCUCCGGCUCCUUCAAGCUCAACAAGAAGGCGGCCUCCGGGGAAGCCAAGCCCAGCACCACAAAAUUGGCAGCUAAGGCCAAGUCCGCGGGUUCUUCAAAGAAGCCCAAAAAGCCCGCAGGGGCCGCGGUGAAGAAGAAUGUCAAGACUCCGAAGAAGGCAAAAAAGCCUGCAAUGGCGAAGAAGUCGUCUAAGAGCCCUAAGAAGCCUAAGGUCGUGAAGCCAAAGAAGGUAGCCAGAAGCCCUGCUAAGGCCAAGGCGGUGAAGCCCAAGGCGACCAAGGCGAAGGUGACCAAGCCAAAGACUGCUGCCAAGCCCAAGAAGGCAGCCCCCAAGAAAAAGUGAAAAUCCUGGCUGGAAACUUUCCAGUGACCCAACGGCUCUUUUAAGAGCCACCUACGUGAUUCAGGAAAAGAGCUUGAUACAGUUUCCUUAGUUGACACCAAUCUAACUUGUCACAUUGGAAACAUGAAGAGAAGUUUUGGAAUUAAGCUGGUUGGGUUAUGAGGGUUUUAGCAUAAUUGAUUCGUGAAGCCCCUUAUAGGGAUUAGCUGUAGGCAGGGUGUGGCUGGAAGUGGGUGAGUAUAUGUUUGGGAGAAGGUCUUCACCCUCACGUUCAGUCUAGCCUUACCAAGGAGUGGAGCCCUCCGUCUAUGGACUGAGC